GCUGCGCCAAGUUGACGGUGAACCCGGCAUGAAGGCGAGCGUCCUGAUUGCAGCGAAGCCCUCCUCUCCCCUCCUUCUUCUCCGGGGAGGCAGACGCGUCCGCAGCUUGGUUUCCCUUCCAAGAAUGGAGGGAGAACCAGCGAGCAAUCAGCAGCCACCAAAGGAAACGAUUGGAUUUCCCGUCCCCCUCUCCCCUCCUCCCCCUUUGCUCUCAAAAAAUCUAGAGUUGGAGAGGGCGUUAUCGGCGUCGGCCAAAUCUUCAGACUCUUUGCUCCUGAUCUCCAGGAAUGAUUUCGUAUAUGAAGAUGAAUGGUUGGUCGUGGUGAACAAGCCCUCUGGUGUCUACUGUGAGCGCGUCCUCUCCUCCGUCUCGAGACUUCUCGAGGCCGAGUCGUCGCCAGAACCAGGAUCCAAAGCAGGACAACCGCUAGAACUUCACCUUGCCAACAGGCUUGACAGGGACACUAGUGGUGUGAUGGUCAUAACCAAACUCCAUAAAGCAGCAGCCAAGCUCGUAAAGGCGUAUACAGAACAUAAAGUGAAGAAAACAUAUGUUGCUCUAUGCAUCGGACCAGCCCCUAACUGGGACAAAAUCACAAUCAGGUCAGGGCAUGGAAGAUCAAAGUUUGGUGCCUGGCGGGUGUAUUCGGUGUCUGAUAUUGGUCGAUCGCUGCCUGGUGGUUCGCUAGUGAAGGAAAUGGUUACUUCAUUUGAAGUACUAACUCUAAAUGGUCAACGGAGCUCCAAAUCCCUUGCCAAGUUGGAAACAAACUUGAAGACCGAUUCAGAGUGUCUUGAAUCAGAAAUGCUAGUUGUGAAAGACAAAGGAUCGAUGAGAUUGCGGUCGAACAAUGAAAAGGAUGGCGAAGUUUUGAUCAGAGCAUAUCCGGAGAGUGGAAGAACUCAUCAGAUUCGUUUGCAUUGCCAAUGGCUUGGGAUUCCCAUAAGAGGUGAUGUAAAAUAUGGAGGAGUUAAUGAGUGGAAAGGGCGGGAAUAUGUGGCACAUGCACUCCAUGCAGAAAGUUUAACGUUCGAGCAUCCUAUCACUGGCUCUCAGGUUGAAUUCCAUGCACCGCUUCCUUCAUGGGCGGGACCCGUUUCCUGCCCAAACUCCUCUGGUUAACCAGUAGAAUGAGGAGAACGUCAUGUAUGGGGGAUAGGAGUCUUCUAAAAUUUCAGAUAGCUUGGUGAAAGCUGCAGCUCAGACUAUGCAAUCUGCGGCCAACUCAUUGACUGGAGCCAUCGGAAUUUCCUGGUGGAUUUGGUUUGGUUUUUGUGCUGUCCUUAUUGGCUAACUUGCGGCUUCAAUUCUUGUUGUGGUCUAGCUGCCUAGUAGCUGGCAAAAUCUGUAUAGAUUAUCACCUGCUGGCACUCGUGAGAACGGGAAAUAUUUGAUGGUCACCAAAGUCUCAUGCGCUGGCUUGUUCAGUAAUUUAUAGAUGCCGUCUUUCGUUUGGUUUAAAUCGUGGAAAGCACAUUGCUGUGCAACUGAGCAUAUCAGAGGAAAUGAGAGGAAGAGAUUCUUGUAUGUGAGACGAGAUCAUGAGUCGUAAGCGGUUUCAUUUCA